AUGCCUGGGCUGUUCGAGGGCAGUGAUGGAUCCCCCGAGCCGGAAGAGCCUCUUCCUCCGCUCCAUGCGGCAGUUGAUGCAGAAGAUGUGGACCAGGUGCGCCAAUUGGCUGCCACUGCGGACCCUAUCGAUCUGACUGCCGCUCUAUGUCGAUCUUGCCAAUCUGGUAAAAUAACCAGCGCCCAGGCUCUGCUUGAGGCCGGGCGAUGUGAUGUCAACGCGGCGGUGGAGGGAGACACGCUUUUAUUCCUGGCCGCGAAAAAGGUCGACUUGGCCAUAGUCAGACUCCUGCUUCAGCAUGGGGCCGAUGCCACGAUCAGAUCCAAGAACAAGCGGUCCGGAGACAAGCCCCCAUCUUUUACACCUCUCCACGGAGUGGCGGACAGCCUGUAUCCCUACGAAAAGUUGGAAGACCUGCCCCGCUACGAAGAGCUGAUGCAGUUGUUGCUGGAUGCUGGGUGCGACAUCAAUGCACAAGAUGCCCACGGAAAUACAGCGCUGCUGCUCUCCGUACACAAUGAGAUCGCCCUGGUUCCAUUUCUCUUGCAACAUGGGGCGGACCCGAAUAUCGCAGAGGAUCGGGGAGGCACAUCUGCGCAUUUCCUCCACCACCCCCUGGACCACACAGAGUGGUUCAAGGGCCUUAUGGCGAAUGGCGCCCGCCUGGACAUUGUUCGAGAUGGAGAUGGCCAUACCCCACUGCAUGCUUAUGCGUCUAAAUGUCAGCUGGGCGAUCUGUCGCUGUUCAAGCCCUUUGUGUCAGAUUGGAUGAUCACUGAUGGCAAUGGCAACACGCUUCUUCAUAUCGCCGCGGCGAAACAUUGUCACGGGAGCAAAACUAUAGUCGAACUGCUGAAGCUUGGGAUUGACCCAAACCAGAGGAACCAUAAAGGGCAACAGCCAAUUCACAUGGUCGAGGGGUCCGAACAAAACAUCAAGGAUGUAUUGGACAUUCUCUGCGCAGCCGGUGCAGAUCUCGAGGCUAGAGACUAUCGCGGAUGUACGCUUCUCACCAAGGCCAUGCGCGGCACCCCGCAAUGGUAUUGCCGCGAGCUUCUUCCCUACCUCAUCAGCCGCGGAUCCAAUAUCAAUGCGCAGGAUUAUAAAGGCAACGGGGUACUAUCGUAUCUGAUCGAACCAUACAAUUUCCGAUCCGAGUACUUGGACUUUCUACUGUCCCUUGGAGCAGAUCCAAAAAUGGUAAAUUACGACGGAGACACGUUCCUGCAUCAUCUCGCAGCCAAUUUUGCUACCAUAAGCCAAGAUAAGGUUCUUUUAGCCAUGGUUCAACUUAUCAAGAUGGGCAUCUCCCCGACCGUUCCCAAUUUCCGAGGUCGGACGCCUCUGCAUAUGAUAUGCAGUCAGGCUUCCAACGAUUUGUUCGCGGCGACCGUAGAGGGAGGCAAGUGUGCUAUCGACGUACUCCUAGAUGCGGGUCUUGAUGUCGCUCUAAACAUGAGUGAUCACCAGGGAAUUCGACCUAUCCACCUCGCUGCCACAGUUUCGGAGCACCUGGUCGGUAAAUUACUCGCUCGCGGGGCUGAUACCACCGCUUCAACAAAGGAUGGCCGCAAUCUGUUGCAUAUUGCGUCAACCGCGCGCCAAAGUAAUUCUGUUGGGCUGAUUUUAGACCACUGCGACUCCAAGAAGCUUGCUUUGAUGCUCAAUACAUGCUCGGAAGAUGGGAGAACGCCAUUGCAUGAGGCCUGCCGCUCUGGAAGACUGGAGACAGUGAACCUCCUCCUCGCAUACGGAGCAGAUGUCAACGUUGAGGACAAGCACAACCGUACCCCUCUAGAUGCAUGCGCCGAGUCCAUCGCCGAAGACCAGCUCUGGCAGGGGGCUGAUGACCAAGAAAACUUGAUGAACACGCGCUCCGCGGCAGGGGUUUUGGCAGAAGACAACAACCGGCCGACACAGCCCACAUCGAAGAUGAAAGAGGCGCAUCACAAUACCAAAGGUUUGGGGUGGAAAGGAGAAAUCACAUCCGAAAGUUCGACAAUCGGAAUUGGACGAAUCGUACGAGCAUUGGCGUCUCAUGGAGCCUUGGCAUAUGAAAAGAUAUUUGGCGCUGGUCCCAUGUAUUAUGCGGUUGCCGAGGGAAAUGAGGAAAUGGCUGUGGAAUUGGACCGGUUAUCACGAGAAAUGAGCCUUCGGAUGGAGGGUUUCCGCCCUACGCAGACUGAAUUCUACCUGCUGCGCUCUCAGCACCUCCCAGACCUGCUCCAGAAACAAUUCAAGGAGUAUGUUUCUGAACAUAAUGUGCUUCCAAUGAUCUUGCUCGGCCAUCACCAGGAGGUUGCACAGGCGUUGGAAAAGAACGCUUCGAUUAUCGAGGACAAAUCCUCCCUGCCAGCGAUCAUGGCCUCUCUCGCGAGGUGGGGAUUUUCGGAGCUCUUUGGCCGGAUUGGCAGUACGAUGACCGGUAACUGGAUCAACGGCAGCGACACCAAUCUUCGGGGCGAAAAGCCGACUCCGUAUCUUCUGACGGCUGCUCAGCGAGACAUUCCCAAUCUGGAAGUUAUUCGGGUCAUGGUCGAGAAGUUCAACGCGGAUGUUAACAUCCGAUUUGAAGCGGGCAUGGUCGAUAAACCCACGGUAUACUACCAAUCGACGAUGGCACUGGAGCGGCAUUACAAGCCGGGAGACACGAUUCUUCAUCAACUGGCCCAAGGUACACACUGGUGGUAUGAAGGAGCCAUUCGGUACCUCCUGGAAAAUGGGGCCGACCCCAACGCCCGAAAUGACCAGGGUAAGACGCCGUUAUGCAAUGCAGUUUCACGGGGAGAGCUGGGCGGUUACCGCCAGCUCGAAAUCACCAGAAUCUUGCUGGAGGGCGGCGCCGAUCCUAAUGUCGCUGCGACGUGUGGCUAUUCGCCGCUGGCUAUGUCGGCGCAUGAUACACCGUUGUUCCAGUUACUGAUCGAACAUGGAGCAUAUCCCUCUCAGGAGCACCCCAUGGAACUCUUUGUUGCAUUGUAUAGUUUCAACAAAGAAGUGGCCUCCGCUCUCUUAGGCAUGGACCUGGAUUGCAAUACGACGGUGUUAUCCGAUGCGCAGCCACAUUGGCACACCCACCGUUUCAAAAAGGUCCCAGUAAACCGCGGGCUCAUCCUGAGCCCUCUUCUUUACAUCUCAAUUCCACCAUUCAACGAACCCAAUAGCCGCGACCACGCCUGCCGGAUGAUUGAAUUCCUGCUAGAACGCGGCGCAGAUCCUUUCCUGCCUUGCUACGCAGACCAAGUGGUUCUACACCAGAUCUUCGCCAUCGGAGGAAUCAUCCGACCAUGGCUAGAUAUGCCCGACCUUGACCUUGCACGACGCGACCCUACAGGAAAAACGCUGCUGCUGGCAGCGGCGACCUGUGCGACUGGAACUGAUUCGUAUGCCUACACGGUCUCGGCAUACCCGCUCCGAGGUGGAGAAAUUGCACCGGCGUCCUGGAAGGAGGGCGACCCCACGCGUGCAAUGACCCUGUACGAACGGGGCGCGGAUUUGAGGGCAGUAGAUUACGAGGGAAACAACGUAUUGCAUUAUCUGGCUGACGUUGACUGCUCCAAUGAUCACUUCGCGUCGAUUGAAGUUCAACGGACAUUGUCCUUGUUUGUGAAUAAAGCCCCCGAGUUGGUACACCAGACCAAUGUGCAUGGGCAGACGCCCUGGGCGAUCGCGGCGGAGAAGGCUUACCUGGAGUUCAUGGAAAUUUUGCAAACAGAUAAUGUGCGCGCGGAAUGA